AUGACUCUCAAUGAGCAGGCGCAUUCGCGUCUCUGUGGCAUCAUAGAUAAAGCCUGCGAAGACCAGAGAUCCGGUAUUCCUGGGACCACGGUCGUGGUAGUUGGUAAAGAUGGCAACGAAUUAUUCACCCACUCUGCGGGUAAGCGAGGCACGGGAUCCAAAGACCCCAUGACCUUGGACAACAUCUUCUGGAUUGCAGCUUGCACUAAGAUGCUCGUUGGCUUUGCCUGCAUGCAACAAGUUGAGCAGGGCAUUCUGAGACUGGAUGACGAAGAGCAGACAGAGGGUCUUUGUCCUGAGUUGAAGACCCUCAAGGUUUUGCAACCAGAUGGUAGUCUUGAGGAGAAGAAGCAUGCAAUCACCCUCCGUAUGCUAUUAACCCAUACUUCCGGAUUCGGCUAUACAUUUACCAAUGAGAGAUUGAGGCAAUGGUCAUACCCAGUUGGUAUGGAUGAGUUCUCCGGACGAAUUGAGGAUGUGAAGAUGCCUCUACUAUUCCAGCCCGGCGAGGGCUGGGAAUAUGGUGUCGGUGUGGACUGGGCAGGAAUUACACUCGAACGCGCAACCGGCUUGACACUCAACGACUACCUGCAGAAGAAUGUCUUUCUGCCCCUCGGAAUCAAAGAUAUGUCCAUGAUCCCGAACCACGAUAUGCGUCAAAGGCUGGCGUACAUGAAUAGUCGAAGCCCAGAUGGCACCCUGAGAUCCCGAGAUCAUCUUCUUCGAGCGCCCCUGAUUGUUGACCUGAAUAACAAGACUGAGAUUGCCAGAGUGUUUAACAGCGGCGGUGCGGGUAUGUUUGCCAAGCCGCAGGAAUAUUGUAAGGUCCUUGCUGUGCUGUUGAAUGAUGGCACAUGCCCUAAGACUGGCAACAAAUUGCUUCGCAAGGAGACCGUCGACGAAAUGUUCUCUAACCAGAUCCCUCAGUUCCCCAACUACAGCCGUCAAGGAAUCCCAGAUGCAAAGCCGGAUCUGACCAACCCCGUUCCUGAGUUCUAUCCAGUUUCUGGAAACCCACCACAGGGAUGGGGUCUGAGUUUCAUGCUGAGCAAUGGUGGUCCGACAGGGCGAUCGAACAGCACCGGGCACUGGGCUGGGCUGCCAAAUCUGUGGUGGUGGGUGGAUAGGGAGAAGGGUGUUGCAGGGAUGUUUUGUAUACAGAUUCUACCGUUUGCGGAUGCAAAGGUGAAUGGACUAUGGGGAGCAAUUGAGGCUGAGAUAUACAAUGCUCUUCAAUGA